AUGAGAUGUCUAUCGGUGGAAACCGCACUGAUUUUGAUGCUUUUCGGUUCGUUGUUCACUUUGCUUUCUAGCAUUUCACCAAAAAUGUUUUCCAGUAGGGCCCGCCCACUUCGAACCGGCCGCCGACUUUUUCAAAUUCCGUAAAUCGACACUGCACAAGUUCAACGAGGCGCGACGUAUUCUCGCGUCGGGCGACAUUGCCAAAAUUGCGAGGGUUUUCGAAGGGAUUCCCGAGUUUCAGGCCAACGUGGCCGUGGAUUUGUUGGGUCCCGCCGCCGAUAUGUAUCAAUUGGUACUAACUAUCUUUCGAGCAACUCUAAUCGGCCCGCUGCCAAAAUUUGUCGCCAAACAGACACUGAAAAAGUCGAAACUUGCAGAAAUGGAGCCGUCAGCUCGAACAAAUCGGCUACGAGUACGUGCAAGAGAAGAAAAAGGCGACAAAUGUGCUGGAAUCGAUCGAGUACAAAGAGCACAUUGGCUUCUACUGGAUGGGCGACAUGAAACAAGUGAUAUCGUCGAUUCUCAAGAGCCUUCCGCUGGGCGCACUCGCCGAUUCGCUGAAUUCGAUGAUGGAGAUACUGGAGACCAUUCUGAUGGUCAUCUGGAUCGGAGUGGCGGCGCCGAAAAGCACGCCGCUGCAGAAGGGCGCUCAUUUCGGACCGGCCGAAGUACUGUUCGCAGAGCGCUUCGAAAUUGGCUGCUUCUCCGAGAUUCUGUACUCGGUGUGCUUUUUGAACAAGUACUUUGACAACAAUUCAUCGUUGUAUUGAUUGCCUUGUAGAAUCCCUCACCGUGACGUGUUCUUCAAAGAAGGCGUCGCGUGUACGAGUUGUGGCAACGGGACGCAUUGCGAGUUCUGGGAAGAAGCGGACGGAACGAUUGAGGAGGGAGAAUUGUGCGUUCCGAAGAAAACAAAGGGAGAAGUGAACGGGAAUCGAAGAAUCGGAUGGAUUGUGGGAGUUACGGUUAUGUGUGUGACGAUGUUUGGUUGA